CAUCCUGUGACAUUCAUGCCGUGUUUGUCUGUGACAACUUUCAGUCUCAUCCAAAAUGAAUAUUUUACGUUUUUCUUUCUCACGAUUAAGGGGAGGAACACCUUUGACCAGCAUUGCUAAGCCGAACCUUCCUGUAAGUGGUACCUCCCAACUAAGAUUGCUCAGCAACUGGGUCUUAUCCAGAAUCACUCCAGGACCACAAAUUUCCAAAUGUGGACUGGUUGUGUCGCAAGCUGAGGGUUCAAGAGUUUUCCAGCAACUUCCUUGGCAGUACCAACCAGUGCGAACAAAGAAAAGAGGAAUGGAGUAUCAGCCCAAGAACCUCAAACGCAAGAGGACCCACGGCUGGAUUAAAAGGAUCCGCACAAAGAGUGGCAUCGAGGUCAUUCUACGUCGAAUGCUAAAGGGACGAAACUCACUCACACAUUGAAGGUGGCAAAAGAACACUUUUUUGCUAAACCUCUAAAACUUUCUGGAAAAUAAAUAAUGGUUGUCUAACAGUGGAGGCAUUUAACAAGCUGCUUUGAACACUUGUACUGAGUUGAUUGGUGAUACUGGGUAUGGAUUUGGAUUUGGUAUCAUUGGUGUAUUGAUGAUGAGUAUGAGAAUGGAAUUGACCUUAUUAAAGGAAAUUGUUUUCCUUGGUUCAAAAUGGACACUGGUAGAUUCAGUCAGUCAUUUGUAAUGGUAACUGAUUUCAAACAAGAAUGAAAAUGAUUCAGAACUACAAUGCUGAAGUAAAAUUUUGUCCAUAGUCAUUACAUGAUGAUGAUGAUACAUUUAUUGUGUGAUACAAUUGGCGAUACACCCUUCAUGAAUUUAUCUUGCAAAAUUGUCAAUUGUGUUUUUGUAUUGUGUGAAAACGCCCUUAAACAAUUUAAACAUUCUUCUCUUUAUCAUUGAUUGCUCCAUCAAUAUGUUCAUAAAAAAAUCUAUUACCGAA